AUGCUUGAUCCGAAAGAAAGUAUGGUUUUACCAAAUUGAUUCAUAUGUUGAAGAGUGCAUUAAAAAGUGCUUACCUUGCCAAUCAGUCACUCGACCAAAACCCCUGCACCACUGAAAUUGAUUCAGAUCCCAAAGCAUUUAUGGGAUACCGUUUAUGUAGAUUUUCUCGGCCCAUUUCCAAGUGGAGAAUUACUUCUUGUGGUAAUUGAUGGUCAACACGUUUCCCUGAUGUAGAAAUUGUUAAGAGUACAUCUACAAGUUCUACCAUCCCUCGACUGGAUAGGAUUUUUUCAACACAUGGUUUACCAAAGAAAAUUAUCACUGACAACGGCCCACCUUUUACAAGCUAUGAGAUUCAGAAGUUUAUGAAUGAUAAUAAAGUCCAUCAUCGUAUGAUAACACCACUCUGGCCUGAAGGCAAUGCAGAGGCUGAGAACUUCAUGAAACCUUGGAAGAAAUGUAUCCAAGCUGAUCAUGUUGAUCAUAAAAACUGGCGCAAAGAAAUUAUCAAUUCUUAUUAA